GGGAAGCCGGGAGGUUGGAGUAGGCGUUCGGCCGGGCAGCCGGUCUCCUGCGCCGGCCGCGGAGGGAAGGCAGGCCGGGCGCGGCGGCGGCAUGGAGAGCCUGCUGGAGAACCCGGUGCGCGCCGUGCUCUACCUGAAGGAGCUCACGGCCAUUGUGCAGAACCAGCAGAGCCUCAUCCACACGCAGCGCCAGCGUAUCGACGAGCUGGAACGGCGGCUGGACGAGCUGAGUGCCGAGAACCGCAGCCUGUGGGAGCACCAGCAGCUGCUACACGCGCAGCCCCCGCCCGGGCUCGAGUCCCCCGCUCCCGCGGGCCCCGCAGCCGCCUCCGCCAGCUCUGAGGCGCCUCAGUACCGCGGACAGCUCCCGCCCGCCGCGCCCGAGCAGCCGCCGGCCCAGCACCACGGACAGCUCCCUGCACAGCCCCCGGGCCCGGGAGCGCGAGCCCCUGCGCCCCCCGCACCGCACCAGCACCCUGCGCCCCCCGGCGCUGCCGCGGACAAGGACAAGGACAAGGAGCGCCCCCCGGCCUGCUGUGCUGCUGCCGGAGCCCUCCUACAGCACAAGCCGCCCGCCCUGGGCAAGGGCGUCCUGGGCCGGAGACCUGAGAAUGAGACGGUGCUGCACCAGUUCUGCUGCCCUGCUGCAGAUGCUGAGCAGAAGCCUGCCUGCUCUGACCUGGGCUCCCACAGUGACGGCUCCUGUGCCCAGGCUGGUGGGGGCACGGAGGACGCAGCGGCGGCGGCUGGCAGACCCAGUGCGCAGGCGCCGAAGGCUCAAGCCCGGGAGCUGCAGGAACAGGAGGAACGGCCGGGGUCUGGGGGGGGCUCCCCGCGGGCUGGCCCCCCGCGCGCGGCCUCCCCCCGCCAGCUGUGCCCCCACGGCCCUGCCGCCUCUGAUUACGAACUCUCCCUUGACCUAAAGAAUAAACAGAUUGAAAUGCUAGAGCACAAGUACGGGGGCCACCUGGUGUCGCGGCGGGCCGCCUGCACCAUCCAGACUGCCUUCCGCCAGUACCAGCUCAGCAAGAACUUCGAGAAGAUCCGCAACUCGCUGCUGGAGAGCCGUCUGCCGCGCCGCAUCUCGCUCCGCCGGGGGCGGGCGGCUGGGGGCCCCGCGCUGCUGGACAGCUGCGCGCUGCUGGGGCUGCGGCCGGCGGGCGCGCUCACCGAGCUCGAGGGCUCGUUCGCCGAGCAGGUGCAGGCGCUCGCCAAGUCCAUCGACGACGCGCUCAGCUCCUGGAGCCUGCAGGCAGUGUGCUCGCUGCAGGACGCCGCCCGCCCGCCCGCGCUGCCCGCCCCCGCCCCCGCCGCGCCCGAGCCCGGGGAGCCCCCAGCCGCGCCUCCCGGUGACCCCGCCGCCGAGCCCGGCCGCGGAGGCGCCCUCAUGAUGGCCUUCCGCGACGUCACGGUGCAGAUCGCCAGCCAGAACAUCUCCGUGUCGUCGUCGCUGUCGCUGGCCGGCUGUCUGGGCGCGCAGCCUGCCCCCGGCGCCCCCGAGCCCCCGCUCGCGCCCCCCGGCCCCGCCCCCGCCGCCGGUCGCGCAUGCGCGGCGGAGCCCCCGGCCCAGCACCCCGUGGCGCCGCAGGCGGAGGAGAUCCCGGAGGAAGGCGCGGGGGGCGGCCCGGCGGGGGCCGAGGCUGAGUCCGAGGCAAGGGGCGCAGGGCCCGAGCUCGGGGACCCUCUGGAGCGGCUGAGCGGCGGCGGUGGGCCCGCGGGCUCGGAGGCGGCGUCCCGGGAGGCGCUGCAGGCCAUGGUGCUCAGCCUCCCGCGCCUGCACUGCGAGGACCCGGCCGGCUGCCGCGCGCCCACGCUCUCCACAGACACGCUGCGCAAGCGCCUCUACCGCAUCGGCCUCAACCUCUUCAACAUAAACCCAGACAAGGGCAUCCAGUUCCUGAUCUCACGAGGCUUCAUUCCUGACACCCCCAUUGGGGUGGCCCACUUCCUGCUGCAGCGCAAGGGCCUCAGCCGCCAGAUGAUCGGGGAGUUCCUGGGCAACAGCAAGAAGCCCUUCAACCGUGACGUGCUGGACUGCGUGGUGGAUGAGAUGGACUUCUCCAGCAUGGAGCUGGACGAGGCCCUGCGCAAGUUCCAGGCGCACAUCCGCGUGCAGGGGGAGGCCCAGAAGGUGGAGCGGCUCAUCGAGGCCUUCAGCCAGCGCUACUGCAUGUGCAACCCCGACGUGGUGCAGCAGUUCCACAACCCCGACACCAUCUUCAUCCUGGCCUUCGCCAUCAUCCUGCUCAACACCGACAUGUACAGCCCCAACAUCAAGCCCGACCGCAAGAUGCUGCUGGAGGACUUCGUCCGCAACCUGCGCGGUGUGGAUGAUGGUGCCGACAUCCCGCGUGAGUUGGUGGCGGGCAUCUAUGAGCGCAUCCAGCAGAAGGAGCUCAGGUCCAACGAGGACCACGUGACGUACGUCACCAAGGUGGAGAAGUCCAUUGUGGGCAUGAAGACGGUGCUGUCCAUGCCCCACCGGCGCCUGGUCUGCUGCAGCCGGCUCUUUGAAGUGACUGAUGUGAACAAGCUGCAGAAGCAGGCAGCCCACCAGAGGGAGGUGUUCCUCUUCAAUGACCUGCUGGUGAUCCUCAAGCUGUGCCCCAAGAAGAAGAGUGCCUCCACCUACACCUUCUGCAGGGCCGUCGGGCUGCUGGGGAUGCAGUUCCAGCUGUUCGAGAAUGAAUAUUAUUCCCAUGGCAUCACACUGGUCACCCCACUGUUGGGCUCAGACCGGAAGCAGGUGCUACACUUCUGUGCCCUGGGCUCUGACGAGAUGCAGAAAUUUGUGGAGGACCUGAAGGAGUCCAUUGCGGAGGUGACUGAACUGGAGCAGAUCCGGAUUGAGUGGGAGCUGGAGAAGCAGCAGGGAGCAAAGACGCUGUCCUCCAAGCCCGGCGCACCCCCAGGGGACCCCCAGUCGAAGCAGGGAUCACCCACAGCUAAAAGGGACACAACGCCGGGGCCGGGGACAGGGGACAGGCCAGUGGACAGCCCAGUGGAGGUGUCAAUUCACAACAGGCUUCAAACGUCCCCGCACAGCUCUGGGGGAACCGAGAGGGGACCUGCGGAGCCUCCACCAACACCGCCAGACCCGCAGCCUAGCCCCCCGAAGGAGCGGCCGCCCCUGCGGCCGCCGCCCACACCCCCCGGAACGCUGGUGCAGUGCCAACAGAUAGUCAAGGUCAUCGUGCUGGACAAGCCCUGCCUGGCACGCAUGGAGCCGCUGCUCAGCCAGGCGCUUGCCCGCUGCGCCGCCUCCCCGCUGGGUGCGGUCCACCAGCCUCCCCUGCCCCCACCUCCUCCCCCCUACAACCACCCCCACCAGUACUGCCCGCCCGGAGCCCUACUGCACAGGCGCCGCUACUCCAGUGGCUCUAGGAGCCUGGUGUAGACGGGCCCCACACCCUGAGUAGGGGCCUGGUGUAGGUGAUCCCCACACUCUAACAGGAGCUUGAUGUAGAUGGUGUGGACGAUAGCCCCAGCUCCAGGUCCCAGCUACCCUGCUCCACUCCCAGCCCUGUCCACUGGCCCACCUUGUCCCUAAUCACAGUUCCUUUGGAACAGGAACCCUGACCCCUACACCUGGCUGCCUCCUGUCCAAGCUCCCCCUUACUGAGUUGAGCACCUUCCCCCCAAAUAUGGGACCUUCACAUCAUUCUGAAAUCCCCUGCUCCCAGCCAGGCCAUCAGGCUGCCCUUCCUCCUAUCACUGUUCUGCCCCCUGGACCUCUGACCAAGGUCCUGGGUGGCACAGGGCUCCACCCCAGGAGGGGUGUGAGGAGGGGCCUCUGAUGCCUGCCCCUGUGCACACCCCUGGGAAGCUGGGGGGCUUGACUGCAUCCCCUGGUCUCUUCAGGGCCUCUUGCUUUCCCUCCCUUUCCGAAAAGGGAAGAGGGAAUGAGAAGUCACCUCAGUGUUCUAGAACAUUCCACAGGGCUGGGACAUGGCAGAGCUGCAAGAGACAGCUCUCUAGACAUUUACCAGAGCCACGGCCCAUGCAGUGCAGUCAGCACAGACAGCUGGUGCCCAGGAAGUGGGCAGCAGGGCCAAGGUUGGGCCCCUGAGGCAGGCUGGUUCUGCAGGACACCCAUGGGUUAUGGGAGGGCUAGCAGGCACUGCUCCAAGUACACUGCCUUCCCACUGCCAUGGCUGUGUCCCCCACCCCACACCAGAUCCCCAAGGUGUGACCAGGAGCCACCACACCCAGAGGACCACAGCAGGACCCGAGCCCCCUGGUGACCCUCUUCCCCACCCCAGCUCUGUGCUGGCCUCCCAGGGGCCUCUUCCACUCGAGCCUGGGUGUCCCAGGAGACGAUGGGGUAGGGACAGACAGGUCAAAACCACAGCAGUUCCAUCUCUAAGACUCUCAUGACCAGCUUUCCAGUGUCCUUCAGUCAGCAGACCUGGUUGCCCUGUUGCCCAUGGACCUGUCUCUGUGGGGCCCUUGUCUGCUCUAACACCAGGCUCCCAGCUGACAAGAGUUUGCUCCUGCUGAGGACCCAGGGCCCAGCCUUCCUACCCCACUCCUCCACACAAACACACACAUUUCUGCUGAUACCCUGAUUUCCCAAGUGGAGCAGCAGAUUGCUGGAGGCUCUUCAGUACCCUGUGCCAGGUAGAGGCUCACCAUGCCCCCCACACACAGCACAAGGACUGCUCUCCCUAGAAGCAGAGGAGCCUGGGGCCAGCAGCCCACCCUGAGCAGUGAGGGCUUCAAUCCCAAUGGCCUGUGCAGGGACAGCCACUUCCUCACCAUCCAGGAAGCAAGCACGCCUGUAAGCUCCUCUCCCAGUCAGCCAGCACAUGUCAGGUUCCUCACAUGGGGCCCAGUUUCCAUCCUUGUCCCACCCCAGACCUGGGCAAGCCUCCAGACUCUCCCCAACUUCAAGACCCAGUUAGACACAAUUGGGGAUCCCCUCCAUGCUCUCCCAAACACAGCCCAAGCCCCCUAAAGGGGGCCCAGCCUAGCAACUCUCCAGGCCUUACUCUGGGUGGCCCUGUCAGCUGUAGCCCUUGUCCCAUCUCCUCUUGGACAUCCCCUCAGAGUGAGAGCAGGGGUGAGGGUUACCUGCUUCUGUCUCCAGAGACACAGCUGCCCACCCCCAUGCCCUCUAUCUGCCAGAAUGUCUGUAGCCCACAGGAUCCCACUCCCCUGCCCACUCCAUGUUCUGCUGUGUUACCCCGCUGCACCCCUACAGACCCCUACACCGGGGAUGAUCUCUCUAUCUCUCUAGGGACAGGCAGACUGCUGCAUUGCAACUCAUCCAAAUGGCAAAUAUUUUGUAACAAAAUAGCCCAGAGGUAUUUUAUCUGUUCAAUUCAUAGAGUUUUAGAGAUUAUAUUGAAAUAUGUCACUUGAACAAAC